AUGAAGUGGGAGAUGGAUAUAGUGGGACCUUUACCUCAAGCUUCAGUUCAAAGCGUCUUCAUGCUAGCAAUGACAGAUUACUUCUCCAAAUGGAUCGAGGCGGAAACAUUCAAACAAGUAAGAGAUGCAGAAGUAAUAUCUUUCAUCAAACACAACGUCUUAAGUCGGUUCGGGAUCCCGUCUGAGAUCGUCUGUGAUAAUGGUUCCCAGUUCAUCAGCAACAAAAAAAGGAAUUAUGUGCCAGGAACAACAUCACCUUGCACACGUCAACCCCGAGGUACCCACAGGCUAAUGGCCAAGAAGAUUCGAGCAAUAAGAUCAUCAUCAACAAUCUCAAAAAGCGACUAUAUGACGCCAAAGGGAAGUGGCAGACGAACUCCCCAUGAUACUAUGGUCCAAUUGGACGACACCAAAAAUAACAACCAACUACACUCCAUUUUCAUCGGUAUUCGGAUGCGAGGUCGUGAUCCCACCUGA